GUUAUUAUGGACUUUUUGCCUAAAUGAUGCCAAAAAUAUACCACCUACUGCCACUUUAAUAAAAACAAACACUGACCACACAGAGGAAAGCGUGAAGUGAAAAUGCGCCUGCUUUCUAGGGAUUACGGUAACCAGCGUCAUGCUACCGGAAGUGCUAUUGUGUUAUCUCUUUUGUGAGCUAACCCAGCGCUUGUGUCGCGCUUUUUUUUACCAACAUCUCAGCGGCAGCGAAGUGAAACAUGUGUACGAACAUGCCUCCGGCUAGUCUGAACCUGGAGUCGCAGCUGUUGUCCAUCAUGGACGUGCUGGUGAAGGCGGCGGUGACUGAAAUCAGCCAGUUGUUCUCGGAGGGCUCCUCGUCUCUCCGCCUUCAUCUCACUCAGAGCCUGAAGGAGAACGAAGCUCUGAGGAUGAGGAUGAAGGUGAUGAGGAGUGAGCUCUUCUCUCUCCGGCUGCAGACCAGGAACAACCGGCCGGCCAGCCGCUUCUCUCCGAUCAGAGGAAACAUCAUCAAACCACGAGCUAGAUCACAAGUUGUCAUUAGGCCACCAGCGGCUCAGAAGACUGUCGUUGAAGCUGCUUCUAUUUCUCUCCAAUCAGAGAACAAGACUUCCUCCUCUGCCACUCAAGUUAAGUGUGCAGAUGUGGAGAGCUCAGAUGUCAUCCUGAUCAAAGACGAAGACGACGUGGGAGGAUGUGGGCCAGCUGGAGGUCAGGAUGACUUUGGGAACCGCAGUACGCAGGGUGGUGUUUCUACAGGGACGCAGAAUGUCGAGUCCUGCCUGACGGGUGAUAAUGAGGAACUGAGAAUCGUGAGUGUUCACGGACGCGGGGAAGGGCCCCUGCAGGAAGAGAACGACGCCCUCUUCACUGCCUCUGAACUCCAGGCUUUUAGCUCUCUCUCUCCCAACCACAACAUCACCCACGACAACCUCCUGAACUUUGCCACCGGUGCCAGUGACAGAGCCCAGAUGAGAGGGAUGCAGGAACGAAAUCCUUCCACCCAAAUGGCUUCAACAGCAUUUAAUCCUGCAAUAACACCACAAAUAGUUGGAGCUGAUGGUCACGUGGGGCAUCCCAGUCACGUCAGCCAGUUCGCCCAGCAGCAGUUUCCUCCCGCUAUCAACAAAUCUCUUGACUGCAGCUUCUGCGGCGAGCACUUCCUCAGCCGCGAAGACCUGAUUGUGCACAGGGCGAGUCACACCGGGGAACCGCCCGUUCUUUGCACCUUUUGCGGCAAGUCGUUCGUCAACAAGACCACGCUGAGCAUCCACAUGCGCAUACACACCGGGGAGAAGCCGUACGCUUGCACGCAGUGCGGGAAACGCUUCACGCAGAACGGCAGCCUGAAGAUCCACCUGAGGACUCACUCUGGGGAGAAGCCGUACACCUGCAACCAAUGCACCGCCAGCUUCAACAACCCCAGCAACCUGCGCAGGCACAUGAUCACACACAAUACUAACGGAGUGCUCCUCUGACCAUGAAAGAUGCAAAGAUUUAAAGACUUAAACGUGGAAUUUUUAAAUUUUUUCAGCAUGUUACUUUUACUUACGCAGUGUGUGUGUUUGGGGAAUAUGUGUUUCCUGUGGCAGUAACUCAUGUUCUUGUCCUUUGUGUUUGUGUAGUUUUGCACACUGCACAAGAAGGAACUCGCUCCGGUGAAAUGAACUUAAUAAACUAAAAGUACACCAAUAUAUAUCUUGACAACUUCCCAGUAAAAUCAAUGAACUGUGGUUCAAAAUAAGGACACAAAUAAACAUGAUCUCUGUUCAAUAUGAAGAGAUCUUUUUAAUUCUAGAAAAACAAGCAACAGGAAACAACCUUCAAAACUAAUUAUUACUUUAAUUUAACUAACAUAAUGAAAAUGCCUUUUUUUUAAUUUAUCUUUUCUUUUUUUUAUACUGUCUGAAAAAUAGACAAACGUAUGCCUUAUUCAUCAUUCAAGGAGAAUAUACAGUACCUUAACUUAAUUCAAAUUUGAUAAUAUGGCCUACUGGAAUUUUUUUUUCAAUGAAAUAAAAAAGAAACAAACAGUUAUUUAUGGGUGGUAAGGAUAAAAUCUAUUGUGUUAUAUCACAAUAUCGGUAUAUAUUGUGAUAUAGUAGAUACUCAAGAAAAAGAGUUUAUCUAUAUCCCACUUGAAGGUAUCUCAUUGAUACAACAGCCCUGUCAGUCCAGUAUCACCAUAAGGCAGUCCUGCUCAGUGAUUUGUCCACAUUUGGCCUAAUGCAGAUAUUAAGGGGGGAUCACAUUUUGUAACUGGUCUGGAAAAAUCCAGUUAUGAUAUGGUUCAUAAAUUUCUAUUGCUAGUAAGUAAGUAAGUAAAACUUUAUUUAUAUAGCACCUUUUUAAACACAGGUGCUUUACUAUAACAUCAGUAAAACACAAUACCGAGCCCAUAUAAGAAAAAUCAGAAAUACAUACAAAGGCAAUGCAAUUAAGAACUGAAAACAUACAGCAACCAGUUACCACACAGAUCAAACAGUAUAUAAGGCCAUAGCACCCAACCCUAGGCACAUAAAAAUGUAACCAGAAUGCUAAUUUAAAGUGUUUUAAACUGAAAUUCCCAGAUACACAGACUAAAGUUAAGACUUGGAUUCAUUAAUCUGAACAUUAUAACUUAUUGGAUUUAGAAAUGUUUGGUUUACUGUAUAGGAAGCUGCAUACAAGGAGAGAGACAUGUACUCCUCUUUUAUUUGUAUGUGUGUGUUUUUAAUUUAAAAAGCAAACUACCUCCACUGUUGUCUCUGUUACUGCUCUCAUUCCCUCUUUUUGUACUUCCCAGAUAGUUUCAGACUGGGCAAUAAUGAAUUUAGUGUGUAUUUGUAAUCUGGAUAUGCAAUCAUGAAUAAUAAAUAUAGAUUUGUUUAACAGCU